UUGAAGGUCUCCGCUGGUGCAGGAUCCUGGAUGUUGCGGCAGGUGAUGUUGCUGGCAGAUUUCUUCGGAGUAGAGACGAGCUCUAACGUUAGUUUGUCGGAGGUCAUGAAGAGGCGUGGCCAGAGUGGUGAGAUUGAGGAGAAAGAUUGUCCAUAUGGAUUCAUUGCUCUUGAAUAUGCCGUUCUGGUUGGCUUUCAGCAGUAUGGCCACAGCCAACUGCGGGAAGAGGUGGCAAGUGCCCUGACUGCGAGCAUCGAGGUUCUACUUCACGCACCCUACUAUACCUAUGACUUCUUCGCAAGUACGAACUGGAAUGUGUCCCUCUAUGAUAUGGCCGUCAAUUUGGACUCUGAGAGACACUUGUUUUGGGAUCAACCUGUAAUGUGCCGCAUGUGUUUGUC